GUGUAACACCCGAAUGACUACGGAAGAGAUUUACCGUCACACCGUUACCGGUAUCCGGUCUCUAUCGUGUCAGCUUCGCUGCUAAGAUGACGAAGGGAACAUCGUCUUUCGGAAAACGUCGCAACAAGACGCACGCUUUGUGUCGUCGAUGCGGCUCCAAGGCUUACCAUCUUCAGAAGUCUGAGUGUGGUAAAUGCGGUUACCCCGCCAAGCGCAAGAGGAGUUAUAACUGGAGUGCCAAGGCCAAGAGACGCAACACUACCGGUACUGGGCGUCUCAGACACCUGAGGGUGGUGUACCGCAGGUUCAGGAACGGCUUCCGUGAGGGAACGGCUCCCAAACCCAAGAGGGCCGCCGUGGCUGCCUCCAGCUCCUCUUAGUCCCCCUCUCCCCAUCCCCGUCUGAAAUAAAGAGACAGUCAACA